GUUUUAUGCUUGGGAUUGUCGAAUUAAUGCUUAAUUUUGCGUUUUCUAUUGCACUUUUUAGGUUUAGUUUGGAUUGUUAUGUGAAUUAUUAUGUGGCUUUGAGCAUCUCUGGUUAAAAAUUCCUAUUUGAUUCCUUAUCUAGUAGGUUGUUGUAUUGCGAUUACGAGGAAUAAAUCACAUGUUGGGAAUUUGAGUUUGAGUUUGGCGUGUAGUUAAGUAUUUAUUCGGUGGAGUGUACAUGUAGCGAGAAUAGAUGCUUUUCCGUUUGAAUCAUACUGUAUAUGAGUUUGUCAUGAUGUACUUUAGAUAAAUUGUAUUUACCUAAAUUUUCAUAGGUGGCCAUGUGUAGCUAUUUAUACGAUAUAGUUUGUUAAACAAAUGCCUAUAAUUGGAAAUACUCUUGUGUAUAUACCCAUGAAAGUUCCUUGAUAUAGAAAAAAAAAGUCCCCUGUUUUUAUUUUGAUUGAGUCCAGUAGCCAGUUUCUUAUUUGGAUGGAGAAUGAUGUUGCUGAAACUGUGCAUGUUCCACAAAGUUCUUCUGAUGUAAAGGUUCAUGGCUCAAUUUGCUGUGAGCUUAGAAAGAUAUUGGAUAGAAUCGCUUCUAUUCUUCCUGCAAUGGAAUCUGCUAGACCGGGAAGCAGUUUAGGGAUUCAUGCGCUAUGUUCUUUAAAUACCUCAGUUGAGAAAGGAAAGCUAAUCAUUCAGCACUGUUCCGAAUGUAGCAAACUCUACUUGGCACUUACUGGUGAAGCCAUCUUAUUAAGAUGCGAAAGGAUAAAGAGUUCGCUGAAUCAAAGUUUAUCUCAAAUUCAGAAUAUGGUCCCACCUCUUUUAGCUGCUCAGAUUGCACAACUUCUAGAUUAUCUUAGGGAUGCAAAGUUCAUUAUUGAUUCGACAGAAGAGGGGGCUGGAAAAGCUAUUCUAGAACUGCUUCAGCGAAACGACUCAACUGAAGAGCUUGAACUUGAGGCCUUUCAGAUUGCUACUUCAAAACUGAACCUGACUACUCCAAAAGCUCUAUUAAUAGAAAGACGAUCGAUAAAAAAGCUACUGGAGAAAAUAUGUGGCACUGAUUCAAAAAAAGAACGGAUUUUGAAAUUCCUUUUGUAUCUCCUAAAAAAGUAUGGGAAACACAAUAUGCUCGAUGCUGGUGGGCACAAAGAGAAAUUUCCAAGGAUUAAGUCUACAAGUAACAUUAUUAAUUCGGAAAAAACUGAUGAUUCUGCUGACCAAGGUGACUAUCAAAUCAACAAAUAUGGAUCUGUUAUGCCUCCUGAAGAAUUAUGUUGCCCAAUUUCUGCAAAAGUAAUGUGUGAUCCGGUUAUUAUUGCUUCUGGGCAAACUUAUGAACGGGCAUUAAUUGAGAAGUGGUUUAAUGAGGGGCAUGACACAUGCCCUAAGACACAGAAGAAAUUGGAAAACUUUUCUUUGAUUCCUAAUACUUGUAUGAAGGAUCUGAUUUCAAAAUGGCGCGGAGAAAAUGACAUAGAAAUUCUGGGCCCAUGUGCAAAAUCUACUUCUAAAGAAUUCCGAUCAUGGGAAUCUUCAAAUUCUCACUCUAUAUCUAGUUUGAAGUAUAUUUCUACACCUCUUUUGGAUGGGAAAUCCGCAGAUUAUGUAUACCAAAGUGAUCAUAGCAAUGUAUCAUUUAUAUCCUCUGAAAACAGCAAUUUCUUGGAUUCAGUUGGCCUUAAAGAAAUGGAGAUUUCAAAGGGUAGUUCAUCUCCAUUGUUCCCUUGGAGUGCUGAUUACCAGAAAUAUAAGUCAUUUUCCAAGUUUGAAUAUGAUAUGUUCUUGAGAUUCUUUAAUACUCUCUCAGAGCUUACCUUAGAGCUCCAAGAUAAAGCUGUUGACAAUGUGAAAGUGCUUCUUGAAGGGGAUGAGGAAACUUGCUAUGCAAUGCUGUCCAAUGGUUUUAUGGAUGCAUUGAUUUGUUUUUUGACGAAUUCUCAUGAAAAAUCAAAUGUUAAAGCACUGAAAACUGGAGCUCAAUUAUUUCUGGCUUUUCUCAGUAAUAGCAGGGUCGAGAUUCUAUCCUUGAGUGAGGGUGCAUUUCCUCUCUUGGCAACUUUAGUCAAUUCUCAAAUAAGAGCAGAAUCUUUGUUGAUACUUGAGAGGCUGUCGCAUCAGUUGAGUUGUUUAUCCCACAUCGUUUCUUCUGGAAUCGCCCCUUCAAUCAUAAAGCUUCUCAGUUCUGAAGACACCAAGUUAGUCGAACGGGCCACUAAAAUCCUUUCCGAAAUUUCGUCUCAUAGUGACAUUAAACCACUUUUAAUUUCCUCAAAUUGCAUUUCAACCCUUGCUUCCGUUCUGAAAGACGGUAGACUAUCAGAGUACUGCCUCAAAAUAUUGCACAACAUGAGCGACACUGAAGAAGCUUUGGACUUGAUAGCAAAAACAAACGGAUGUCUCGCUUCAAUUGUGGAAAUUCUCGACAUUGGUGACCGCGAUGAACAGGAAGAUGCGGUUUCAAUACUUCACUCUGUAUGCUCGCAUAGUGUCGAAAAUUGCAUGCUCGUGAUGAAAGAAGGUGUUAUUCCAGCUUUAGUUGACAUAUCAGUAAACGGAAGUGAGGAGGGUAAAGAGACGUCUAUUAAGCUUCUCCGACUUUUGAGGGAUUUAAGGCAUAAAGAGUGCUUUGACAGUUCAUGUAACCAACCCGUACCGAUCUCUGAAGUAGAGAGAAGUCCCAUGGAUCAUUCGGCCAAAAAGCAGUCGAUUUCGAAAUCUUCAAGGUUUUUCUCAAGGAAAAUGAGAUUUUUCUCAAAACCAAGAUCGGUCACCCUUUUCUGAGACAGAUGGUGUGAUACUUUCCGUAUGGAAUUUUUCUUUGUGUAUGUAUCUACCGAGCUGACCAGUUAGUAUAGUUGCAGUAGGGGAAUGCUAGAAGUGUGGUAAGCUGAUGACUUUUUUCUUUUCUUUUUUUUUUUUUUUUUGCUGUUUUUCGAGGGAGUACUCGGUGAGAUGUUUUGGUCAUCCACUUGUAUUUCCGGCAACUCUGAAAAUUUUUCAUUUAGAUGAUUGUAAUUUUCUUUUUCUUUUUUCUUUUUUAGGUACUGAAUGAGAAUGUAUAGUCAGUUAUUGUGUUUAUAGGGUUACUAGGGUUUGGUUGUUAGCGACAGUUAUCUUGUACUCAAGCAUGUAGUUGAACACAGAUUAUUUUUAAUACCUUGGGUAUGUUAUUCUGUGAUCAUAAUCCCAAAGGGGUGGACAAGCCAACUUAAACAUUGUGGUUGACACUUCCAAUUGUUUAUUUUAUUUAUUUAUUUA